UCGUUUUGCUAUUUCCUGAUAAAACUGUGAUUAUAAUCUGUGUACAAGGCUCUUUUUCUUGUCUUGACACAACAUAUUGGAUAAAAAAUAUAUUGCUCUACAUAAUAUUUUUUGAAUAAUAAAUAAGAUGUACUAUACACCUUUACAAAAUAGAUGUUUGUUGUUAGAAUGCAAAAUACUAAUGUGUUAUACAUGUUGCUUAGUUUUUCCCAAACUCUUAAUCUUUUUUUAUAUGGUUUGAUUUGUUUUGAAUUUUGUGCAAAGCUACACAAGGGCUAUCUGCACUUGCUGUCCCAACCAGAGAGAAGGCAAUUAGUCAACACCACCCACUGCCAACUCUGGAUCUAUUCUUUUGCCAACAACUGACUGUCAGAUUAUAAUGUCCCCAUGGCUGAAAGAAUUAGCAUGUUCUGUGAUAAGAAUUCGCAUCCGUAACCCUCAGGUUGUGAGUCAGGCUCCUUAACCACCAGGCCUUAAAUUUUUUGCUUGUUUUACACAAAGGAAGAUUGGCAAGAUCAGGAACCAAAAAUCAGUAUUAGAGUUAGUACUAAAGUAGUACCUCAUUGAAAUACAUAGCAAAAAUGGAAUUUUUUGACAUAAAACCUUUUUGCAUAUGCAAAUAACACGAUUAUGGAAAAUCAGUUUAGCAUGGUGGCUACCUUAACUAUAAAAUAAUAUAUGUGUUUGGACUUUUUGACAGUAUUAUUUCUCAAAAAAAAAUUAAGGAGUCUAUUACUGAAAAGAUUAAAAAUUCCAGAAUUUCAUGAUAAAUUUACCAUAAUGCCAAUUCUACAGUUUUGAGUGUUUGAACUAGUUUUAACAUAAAAACAUCUUAUGAUAGUUUGUACCAUAUAAAAAUAUCUAAGCAACACAUGUUGAGCCUGAAGUUGAAUUUCAAUAUAGUAUUCAAAUUUAUGAAACCUUUGAAAACAUAAUGAGGCAAAACAACAUUGUACUGUGAAUAUGGCAUCAAAGGUGAAUUUGAAAGUGUUUUCAUAUAUAUAUUGAUUUGUUUUAUUCUUACUACAUGUUCUAUACUGCAUGAAAUGAAUUUCUUUUCAUCUGUUAUUGAGGCUGUCUUGAUAUUUUUUUCCUUGUGGUCUAAUAAAACUUUAUGAUUUCUUUUUUGAUGAUAAAUUUACUUAACAGUUGCCUUUCACUUUGAGACUGGUAUAUAUCUUUAUGUACAGCCACUUUAGCUGUUUAAUGAACUUUUUUAGAAAUAAUUAAGUGUAAACUUUUGUUGUUUGAUUAAACACAAAAAAUACAUAUUGUUGUCCUGAUUUGUGGUUCAUUGUUGUGAUUGUGCAUGAAAUAUUGAACAUAUAUAUUCAUAUACACCAAAACACAAACAACUUGUAUCAAAACAAGGCAUUUAAUGCAGCAUUAUACAUGUUUAAAAACAUUGGAAUGUGCUUGUUGUGCCAAAUGUAUCACUUCAGUAAAGUAAUUUGGAAACUGUUUUUUUAAAUGUUUUGUACAUCUUAUAAGCGAAAAAGAAUAUUACACAUUUCUAAAUAAAUCAGUUUUUUAUUACAACUAUUUUGUUUAUAAAUACUAUGACAUUUAAGAAAAUAGAGAAACUGUAUUUAAAUAACUUGUGUUAUACAGUCUAAUAACAAUUGAAACUCACAAACUUUCUAUGGAAAGUCAAUUUUCAACUCUUUCAGUAUUUACUAGAAUAAUUGGUCAUUUUAAGAACAAAUAUUACUAACCCUAAAAAGUAGAAUAACUUGUAUAGAGGUUGAAUACAUUAUAUUAAAACAAUUUUGAAUAUGAAAAUAAGCAAGUAAUGUGAUAAUCAUAACUGAUAUAAAGUCACAGUGGAAAGGAAUGUAUCAGAACUAUGUUUUAACUUUGGCAUUUCAUAGGUAAUGUGAUACCCACAAAAACUGAUCACUUUUAGAAAGGAUAUAUAACAACCCUUUCCAAUUCACAAUAUUCAUACACUCAAGUCAUAAAAAUGUGUUCAGUUUGAAGAUUUAGAAUAUCUAAGAUGGGAAUAUCCCUUGUUACUUGUAUUUAAUAGUAUUGGGAAACAAAGGAAUAUUGAUGAACUUGGGACACCGGAUCUAUCUGGAAAGAGACCUGCAAGAAGUCGUAUCCCAGCAGAGUAAAGCAGUAUCAGUAUCUUGUAACAGCCAAAAGAUGCCCAAAACUCGGUCCAAACAAGAAACCUUUGGUGUUGGUGAUGAUGUGAUUGCUAAGUGGUCUGGAAGCAACUUGUUCUACAAUGCUACUAUCUUGGGAAAGACUGGAAGUUUUUAUGAUGUCCAGUUUGAAGAUGGAUCAGUCAGCACAGUUGAGCCAAUUAAUGUAAAAAAACGAGUAAUACACACCAAAGCCAGUCGUUCACCAGGAAGAAAACAAACUUCUCAAAAAACACAAAGUCGUAGCAGCAGCAAAAGACGUCUAAGUCGUAGUAGAAGUAAUAGAAGGUCCAGUCGCAGCAGCAGUAGAAGUAGAUCAAAGUCUCGAUCGAGGAGAAGAAUAAAGAAGGAAGUAUCGCCCUCUAAGAAGAACUUGAAAAAACCUGAAGAAAUCCCAGAAAUUAAUUUGAUAGAAGAGGUUUCAACACUAGCAGCACAGACUUUACCAAAACUGAAUUUACAGCAGACUCACGAAGUAUGUAUUUAUGAGAGAAAAAAAGAUGAAUAUGUGAUUAAAUUGUUAAACUAUAACAUUUUUACCAAGUCUAAUCCAGAAAUUCUAUAA